AUGGGGUCGCAGGUAUUGCAGAUCCUGCGCCAGGGGGUGUGGGCCUCGCUCACCGGCGGUUGGUUCUUCGACCCGCACCAGAGCACCUUCUCCAACUGCUUCCACCUUUAUGUCUGGAUCUUCCUGCUCACCUUUCCCUUCUUGCUGUACAUGGUCCUGCCCCCCAGCUUGAUGGUGGCCGGUGUGUACUGCCUUGUGGUGGCUGUCAUCUUCGCUACUAUCAAGACUGUGAACUAUCGGCUGCAUGCUAUGUUCGACCAGGGCGAGAUCGUGGAGAAGCGCAACUCUACCAUGGGGGAGCCGGAAGAAGAGCCUGCACAGGGGGACAGCAGUUUGCCCAGGGACCCCGGAGUGGAGAUGACAGUGUUUCGGAAAGUGAGUUCUACGCCGCCGGUACGCUGUAGCUCCCAGCAUUCCGUGUUUGGCUUCAACCAGGUCUCGGAGCUGCUGCCCCGGAUGGAGGACUCCGGGCCCCUCAGAGACAUCAAGGAGCUGGUUCGGGAGCAGGGCAGCAACAACGUGAUCGUGACCUCGGCUGAUCGAGAGAUGCUGAAGUUAAGCUCACAGGAGAAACUGAUUGGAGACCUUCCCCAGACACCCCCGGGGGCUGCCCCAGACCCCUCUCUCCCCAGCACAGACUCUUCAGAACGUUCUCCCCUGGCUGGGGAUGGAGCCCCCUGGAGGGGGAGCAGUGUGGCCGAUACUCCCAUGAGCCCCCUUCUGAAGGGGAGCCUCAGCCAGGAGCUGAGCAAGAGCUUCCUGACUCUGACCCGGCCUGACCGGGCCCUGGUGAGGACCAGCAGUCGACGGGAACAACGCCGGGCAGCAGGCGGCUACCAGCCCCUGGACAGGCGGGGCUCUGGGGAGCCCACACCCCAGAAAGCCGGCUCCUCGGAUUCCUGCUUCAGUGGCACUGACAGGGAGACGCUGAGCAGCUUCAAGAGUGAGAAAACCAACUCCACCCACCUGGACAGCCCCCCUGGGGGGCAAGCCCCGGAGGGCAGCGACACAGACCCACCCUCUGAGGCUGAGCUGCCCGCGUCACCAGAUGCUGGAGUCCCUUCAGAUGACACCCUGCGUUCCUUUGACACGGUCAUAGGAGCAGGGACGCCACCGGGCCCAGCCGAGCCGCUCCUGGUCGUGCGGCCCAAGGACUUGGCCUUGUUGCGGCCCAGCAAACGGCGGCCACCCAUGCGAAGACACUCCCCACCUGGCCGUGCCCCUCGGCGGCCCCUGCUUGAAGGCGGGGGCUUCUUUGAGGACGAAGACACCAGCGAGGGCAGCGAACUGAGCCCGGCCUCCAGCCUCCGAUCUCAGCGCCGCUACAGUACCGACAGCUCUUCUUCUACUUCCUGCUAUUCCCCCGAGAGCUCCCGUGGUGCAGCAGGGAGACCCCGGAAGCGACGGGCCCCCCAUGGGGCUGAGGAGGGGACGGCUGUGCCCCCCAAGCGGCCCUAUGGGACCCAGCGGACGCCUAGUACCGCCAGCGCCAAAACGCAUGCCCGAGUGCUGAGCAUGGAUGGGGCAGGGGGCGAUGUCCUCAGGGCCCCCCUGGCUGGCUCCAAGGCUGAGCUGGAGGCCCAGGCGGGGGUGGAGCUGGCUGCUGGGGAGCCCGCUCUGCUGCCUGCUGAGGCCCACAGGGGACCUGCCGCCAACCAGCCCGGCUGGCGGGGGGAGCUGCAAGAGGAAGGUGCUGUGGGGGGAGCGGCCGAGGAGACCGGCAAGCGGGACCGCACAAGCAGUGUGAGGCGCACUCAGGCGAUCCGCAGGCGCCACAAUGCGGGAAGCAACCCCACCCCUCCAGCCUCUGUUAUGGGCUCGCCGCCCAGCAGCCUGCAGGAAGCUCAGCGGGGCCGGGCCGCCUCUCACUCCCGGGCGCUGACGCUGCCCUCCGCCCUGCACUUUGCUUCCUCGCUGCUGCUCACCCGGGCCGGCGCCACCGUUCACGAGGCCUGCACCUUUGAUGACACCUCCGAGGGCGCCGUGCACUACUUCUACGACGAGAGCGGCGUGCGGCGUUCCUACACCUUUGGCCUGGCUGGAGGCGGCUACGAGAACCCUGUGGGGCAACAGGGGGAGCAGGCAGCCAAUGGAGCUUGGGACCGCCACUCACACUCCUCCAGUUUCCACUCGGCUGAUGUCCCUGAGGCGGCAGGUGGCCUGAACCUGCUGCAGCCAAGGCCAGUGGUUCUGCAGGGUAUGCAGGUGCGCCGCGUGCCCCUGGAGAUCCCAGAGGAGCAGACGCUGAUGGAGGAGGCACCACCUCGUGCCCAGCACAGCUACAAGUACUGGCUUCUUCCUGGCCGCUGGACGUCUGUGCGCUAUGAGCGGCUGGCCCUCCUGGCCCUCCUGGACCGGACUCGGGGGCUGGUGGAGAACAUACUCGGCGUAGGCCUGAGCAGCCUCGUUGCCUUCUUGGGCUACCUGCUGCUGCUUAAGGGCUUCUUCACGGAUAUCUGGGUCUUCCAGUUCUGCUUGGUCAUUGCCUCCUGCCAGUAUUCCCUGCUGAAGAGUGUCCAGCCUGAUGCGGCAUCUCCCAUGCACGGCCACAACUGGGUGAUCGCAUAUAGUCGGCCUGUCUACUUCUGUAUCUGCUGUGUGCUCAUCUGGCUGCUGGACGCCCUGGGCUCAGCUCAGCCCUUCCCACCCGUCUCCCUGUAUGGCCUCACGCUCUUCUCCGCCUCCUUCUUCUUCUGUGCCCGGGACGUGGCCACUGUGUUCACCUUGUGCUUCCCGUUCGUCUUCCUCCUGGGCCUCCUGCCCCAGGUCAACACUUGCCUCAUGUACCUGCUGGAGCAGAUAGAUAUGCACGGCUUUGGGGGUACAGCCGCCACCAGCCCGCUCACUGCCGUCUUUAGCCUCUCCCGCAGCCUGUUGGCUGCUGCCCUGCUCUACGGCUUCUGCCUUGGGGCCAUCAAGACUCCUUGGCCGGAGCAGCACGUCCCUGUCCUCUUCUCGGUCUUCUGUGGCCUCCUGGUGGCCCUGUCCUACCACCUGAGCCGUCAGAGCAGUGACCCCACCGUGCUCUGGUCUCUGAUUCGGAGCAAGCUCUUCCCCGAGCUGGAGGAGCGGAGCUUGGAGACGGCUCGGGCCGAGCCCCCAGACCCACUGCCAGACAAGAUGCGCCAGUCGGUGCGUGAGGUCCUGCACUCUGACCUGGUGAUGUGUGUGGUGAUCGCCGUGCUCACCUUUGCCAUCAGCGCCAGCACCGUCUUCAUCGCCCUGAAGUCGGUGCUGGGGUUCGUAUUGUACGCACUGGCUGGGGCCGUGGGCUUCUUCACGCAUUACCUGCUGCCGCAGCUCCGCAAACAGCUGCCCUGGUUCUGCCUGUCGCAGCCUGUGCUGAAGCCGUUGGAGUACAGCCAGUAUGAAGUUCGAGGCGCUGCCCAGGUGAUGUGGUUUGAGAAGCUGUAUGCCGGCCUGCAGUGCAUCGAGAAGUACCUCAUCUACCCCGCCGUGGUGCUCAAUGCCCUCACGGUGGACGCCCAUGCUGUCGUCAGCCACCCGGACAAGUUCUGCCUCUACUGCCGGGCGCUGCUGAUGACCGUGGCUGGGCUGAAGCUGUUGCGCUCAGCCUUCUGCUGCCCGCCCCAGCAGUACCUAACCUUGGCCUUCACUGUUCUGCUCUUCCACUUCGACUACCCACGCCUCUCCCAGGGCUUUUUGCUUGACUACUUCCUCAUGUCCCUGCUCUGCAGCAAGAUACCAGCCUCUGAGCUCUGCCCCUUUGCCAGCCACAGCCCUGGGGAGCAGUUAAGAGCUGAGUUUCAGAAGCCCCUGGGGCCUGGCACUAAACGUGUGGAUCAUUCCAACACCCGCCUGGUCACCCAGCUAGAUCGGAACCCAGGCGCUGACGACAACAACCUCAACUCCAUCUUCUAUGAGCACUUGACACGCUCGCUGCAGCACACGCUGUGUGGGGACCUGGUGCUGGGCCGCUGGGGCAACUACGGCCCCGGCGACUGCUUCGUCCUGGCCUCUGACUACCUCAACGCCCUGGUGCACCUCAUCGAGGUUGGCAAUGGCCUCGUCACCUUCCAGCUGCGUGGCCUUGAGUUCCGGGGUACCUACUGCCAGCAGCGCGAGGUAGAGGCCAUCACGGAGGGCGUGGAGGAGGAUGAGGGCUGCUGCUGCUGUGAGCCUGGCCACCUGCCGCGGGUCCUGUCCUUCAAUGCCGCCUUUGGGCAGCGCUGGCUGGCCUGGGAGGUGACGGCCAGCAAGUACGUCCUGGAGGGCUACAGCAUCAGCGACAAUAACGCCGCCUCCAUGCUGCAGGUGUUUGACCUCCGCAAGAUCCUCAUCACUUACUACGUCAAGAGCAUCAUCUACUACGUCAGCCGCUCACCGAAGCUGGAGGCGUGGCUGAGCCACGAGGGCAUUGCAGCAGCCCUGCGGCCCGUGAGGGCGCCGGGCUACGCUGACUCGGACCCCACCUUCUCACUGAGCGUGGAUGAGGACUAUGACCUCCGCCUCUCCGGCCUCUCACUGCCCUCCUUCUGCGCGGUGCACCUCGAGUGGAUCCAGUACUGCGCCUCCCGGCGCAGCCAGCCCGUGGACCAGGAUUGGAACUCGCCGCUGGUCACGCUGUGUUUUGGCCUGUGCGUGCUGGGCCGGCGGGCCUUGGGGACGGCCUCGCACAGCAUGUCUGCCAGCCUGGAGCCCUUCCUGUACGGCCUGCACGCCCUGUUCAAGGGGGACUUCCGCAUCACCUCCCCACGCGAUGAGUGGGUCUUUGCCGACAUGGACCUACUUCAUCGCGUGGUGGCGCCUGGAGUUCGCAUGGCCCUCAAGCUCCACCAGGAUCACUUCACGUCCCCAGAUGAGUAUGAGGAGCCCGCCGCCUUGUACGACGCCAUCGCAGCCAACGAGGAGCGGCUGGUCAUCUCGCACGAGGGCGACCCAGCCUGGCGCAGCGCCAUCCUCAGCAACACGCCCUCGCUGCUGGCUCUGCGUCACGUCCUGGAUGACGCCUCUGAUGAGUACAAGAUCAUCAUGCUUAACCGGCGCCACCUCAGCUUCCGAGUCAUCAAGGUGAACCGCGAGUGUGUACGUGGCCUGUGGGCCGGGCAGCAGCAGGAGCUGGUGUUCUUGCGCAACCGCAACCCCGAACGCGGUAGCAUCCAGAACGCCAAGCAGGCACUCCGCAACAUGAUCAAUUCUUCCUGUGACCAGCCACUGGGCUACCCCAUCUAUGUGUCCCCCCUCACCACCUCACUGGCCGGCAGCCACCCCCAGCUGCGGGCACUGUGGGGUGGCCCUGUCAGCCUGAGUGCCAUUGCCCGCUGGCUUCUGCACAGCUGGGAGAGGCUUCAUAAGGGCUGUGGUGCCGGCUGCAAUAGUGGCGGGAACGUGGAUGACUCGGACUGUGGCGGAGGCGGUGGCUUGGGCUCCCUCAGCAAUAACCCCCCCUUGGCACACCCCACACCUGAGAACACAGCAGGCAGUGGAGACCAGCCCCUCCCUCCGGGUCCAGGCUGGGGCCCUCGGCCUUCCCUGAGCAGCUCUGGUGAUGGGCGCCCCCCUCCUCUGCUGCAGUGGCCACCCCCUCGGCUCCCUGGACCAACCCCUUCUUCUCCCGCCCCCACUGAGGGUCCCCGGCCCUCAAGAACCCCUGGCCCCGGUCUCCUCAGUUCUGAGGGUCCCAGCGGGAAGUGGACCCUGGGGGGUCGGAAGGGGCUGGGGGGAUCUGAGGCAGAGCCAGCCUCAGGGAGCCCCAAAGGAGGCACCCCCAAAUCUCAGGCGCCCCUAGACCUCAGCCUCAGCCCGGAUAUCAGCACCAAUGCCUCCUCGCCCGCCAGAGCAGCCCAGGACAUUCCUUGCUUGGACGGCAGUGCUCCUGAAAGUGGCACACCCACUGGGAUCCUGGGUGACUGGCCUGCCCCUGCUGAGGAGCGUGAGAGCCCGGCUGCCCAGCCCCUGCUGGAGCAUCAGUACUGA